AGAGAGAGAGAGAGAGAGGAAGCGAAAAGAGCGUGAAAGGCUCCACACGGCAGAUUAUAAAUCUGUAUGUUAACGGGACUAAAUCUGGAGGUCUUGAAGCAGCUUUACUGGUGGGGGGUGGCCAUAAAGCAUCAAGAGGUGGUCUUCCCUGUUAACUGAGGAUCUGUGCAAAUAAGGAAGUGGGACCCGUGGAAGCUGUGAACGCCGGUUGUCAAGCACAGUGGUAGGUUGGUCGGAGGUCUCUGACCCUCUCAUUUUCGUUUCUGGAAGAAAAGAGGACAGCAAAAGAGACACGAGACAUAAGACAGCAAGGGACUAGUGAGCCAUUUCUCUCUUUAUUACUUCCAUUCACAAAACCAUCGCAUACCAUUAUCACAGCGAUGUAGAGGCAUUCUCUCCGAUUGGAGGAGGAAGGGUCCCAUUGACUGCUCAGGCUUAGCACCUCUCUCCAAACGCUAGCCCUUUUCAUUGCAGUCUCCGCCUCAUCUCUCGCCUCUUUCCUUGCGUCUGCUGUUUUCUCUGUCCGUCCCUCCUUUCUUGUCCCUUUUUCACACCACUCAGGAAUCAGGAAGCAUUGCAUUUUGUUAGAAGUGGGUGUUUCUGGAGCUGUCAUUGUGGUUGGUGCCACUACAAAGGAUAGCUGUGCAAAGAGUGAGAGAGACAGCUUUGGAGAUAAAAAAAAAAAGCAGCCUGAAAGACAAGGGGGGGACCUGGGACUACAGGACCAGCUGACAACCACUGGAAGGUGAACUGUGAUGAAAAGAAAAGUAUUACAGAGACUGACAACCUUUUUAAGGUAGCUAUUCACUGAGACCUUUACCACGACUUGAGGGAAUAAAGAAGCAGUGUGCCAAACUAGCGCUGCCAGCUGGAUCCUGCUUUUGCUGUUGCUAAGCAAAGUCUCUAACCUGAAGUUCUUGGAGAGACAGUGUUCAGCAUUACUUCACAACCAUGAAAGAAAGCUCAGAGGAAAGCAUUGAAAGCGUCAGGCCUUCCAACCUGCAAGCUUUUGCAAACAUAUCAACCCUACAUGGCAUGAGUCACAUAUUUGCCUAUGGGCAUAUGACAUUCCGCCGGUUCCUUUGGACUCUUUCAUUCCUCGGUUCUCUAUGUCUAUUGAUGAUUGUCUGCUUGGAUCGAGUGUCCUAUUACCUGGAGUAUCCUCAUGUCACCAAGCUGGACGAGGUGGCUGCAGCAAACCUCACCUUUCCAGCAAUUACCUUCUGUAACCUUAAUGAGUUCCGCUUCUCCAAAAUCACCAGAAAUGACCUCUAUCAUGUGGGGGAGCUCCUGGCCCUCCUCAACAGUAACUACCAAAUAGCCAACCCGCACUUGGCUGAGCCGGAGGUUCUGGCUGCCCUAAAGGAUAAAGCAAACUUUCAGAACUUCAAACCAAAACUGUUCAACAUGACUGAUUUCUAUAACCGUACAGGUCAUGACAUCAGUGAGAUGCUACUGCAGUGCACCUUCCGAGGAGAGGAAUGCUACCCAGUAAAUUUCUCCACAAUUUACACACGCUACGGAAAAUGCUACACUUUCAACUCCGGAUUAGAUGGCAACCCUUUGUUGACAACGUUGAAAGGUGGCACAGGGAACGGCUUGGAGAUCAUGCUGGAUAUUCAACAGGAUGAAUACCUCCCUGUGUGGGGAGAGACAGAUGAGACCUCCUACGAAGCAGGCAUCAAGGUUCAGAUCCACAGCCAGAGUGAGCCGCCCUUCAUUGACCAACUGGGAUUUGGUGUGGCCCCUGGUUUUCAAACUUUUGUGUCAUGUCAGCAGCAACUGCUUCAGUACCUCCCUCCGCCUUGGGGAGAUUGCAAGUCCACCCCUAUAGAGUCUGAAUUCUUCUCCACGUACAGCAUCACCGCCUGCCGUAUUGACUGUGAAACCCGGUACCUGCUGGAGAAUUGUAACUGCAGGAUGGUUCACAUGCCAGGGACCUCAACAGUUUGCACACCUGAGCAGUACAAAGACUGUGCUGACCCUGCUUUAGACUUUUUGGUAGAGAAAGACAACGAUUACUGUGUCUGUCAGACCCCCUGCAACAUGACUCGCUAUGGCAAGGAGCUGUCCAUGGUUAAGAUCCCCAGUAAGGCAUCUGCUAAAUAUCUGGCUAAGAAAUUCAACAAAACUGAGCAGUAUAUUGGAGAAAAUAUAUUGGUCUUGGACAUCUUUUUUGAAGCUCUGAAUUACGAGAAGAUUGAGCAGAAGAAGGCCUAUGAAAUUGCAGGGCUUCUCGGUGACAUUGGAGGUCAGAUGGGGCUGUUUAUCGGAGCCAGCGUUUUAACAAUACUGGAAAUAUUUGACUACCUAUACGAGGUGUUUAAGGACAAGGUUAUGGGUUACUUCGUACGCAAGAAACGGCCACAGCGUUGCCAGAGCGACAAUCUGGAGUUUCCAGAGAACCCAACCAGCCCUGGUGUCACGCCUAAUCAUGCCCCCAGAGCACCUGUGACACACUCCGGAGUCACUCGGACAGUCUCGGAUUCACGCCGAACAUGUUACCUCGUCACCCGACUCUAGGCAACUUUGAGGAGUUUGCUUGUUGACAACAUUUAAGUAGGGGACGUGGGUGGGGUUGCACACCUGGGGACUUGACAGCAAACUGUGAAAUAAUUUGUGUAUUUAACAGAAAAAUGGGUUGAUUGUAUAACUCAAACACACAUAUAGUAUAGAGUUUAUCAAUGCCUGAAUAGAAAUAGAAUACUAUCAUCAGAGAAAAAAAAAGAAAGAAAGAAAGAAAGAAGAGAAACCACUUCCAAAACAGAACUCAGGUUUAACUGCCAUGUCAAGGCAUCAGCAUUAAUUUAUUCAUGUUUCAUUUUUUUUAAUGGAAUUGCUUUUUCUUCUCCAGUCACUUUAAAGGUUCAUACAAUCACUGAAGAUAAAUAAUAGUGUCCAAAAGUGACUCUAACCUGUGUUGAGGCGAGUUACUGUUGUGCUAGUUUUCCUGUGAUGAAAAGGUUAAAAAAAAAAAAAAAGUGGGUAGGUGUGCGUAGCUUAUCAGUGUUGUGUCUCCGGCAUCUAACCAAUGCUGUAUUGAGUGACCUUAUACCUGUCACUAGUUAGAACAGGAGUCUUUUUAGGAAAUCUGCUCCGUUUGACGAGCCGAUUGUUGGAGAAAAGAGCUGCUCAGACCCGAAUCAAAACACGAGACCUGUGUUAAAUGUUGCCUUUUGCUACUUUGAGGCGUUGAAUUGCCUCAUUAAUUAUACAACUGUGCUUAUUCAAUUUAAAAACAGAGGAGGAACUUGACUUAUUUGUAUAUAUGUAAGUAUUAAGUUUUGUUCCACAUGAACCCUGACUCACUGUGUACAUACAAUUCAUUAAGGUUUAAAAAAAACAAAAACGGAGCGAGUCAGGAAGAAUGAAGGCUGUUGAUUGUAUCUUUAUAUAGCUGACAUUUUUAUUUCCAUUUAUAUUUCCCAUUUUUCUGGGAAAAAUGUUGCCAUGGUGACCGUCACAAAAUAGUACUAGCAUUAAGCAUGCUGUAAAUGUUGGCCCCUAUUUCCUCUGAACCAUCAGACCAAAAACAGCCGGGCUUUCUUCUGCCUUUUCUAAUAAUUGUGUUUGCUCCUUAUCGUGUCUUAAGGGUGUUCAUCAGCACAAUGAUAGUAAUCUAUUCUCUAUUGAACAUGAGGGGAGUUUAAAAGGCCUGUUAGUGACAUUCCUUCACUUGGCAGAAAUGUGUAAAUAAAUGCGACUAAAUGCCAUGAUGAUAUAUAUAUCUAUAUAUAUUUAUAUAUAGAUAUAUAUAUAGAUAGAUAUAGUUUUCUGGUUAUUAUAAUAUUACCCCAUGACUGAAAGCUGGAGACUUAUUAUAUCCAUUAGAAUUGCCUCAAAACAUCCAAACCACCAUGGGCCUCAGCGUCAUUCAGUUAAGUUGAUUUAUAACAGCAAUGCAUUGUACAAUUUUACCACUGUAACCUAUUAUUAAUAAUACUAUUAUUAUUAUUAUUAUUAUUAUUAUUCCAGAACAUGUAUUAAGUCACAAAUACCAGUUUGUGAUGUAUAAAUGAUCCAAGUAUAAUAAACUCUAUAUUUACCCAUCUUACUCAUGUACACAAUGUUCCUUCUUAUCUUCAUGUCGCUCCACUUUGUCUCUGCUUAAUUCACUGUUGUUUGAAUCCUUGACACCACAGUUACGGACUUGUAGGUACACUUUCGCACCCAUCCUCUAUAAAUACUUUAUUGAAUUCUUCUUUUUUUUUUUUUUAAAUAAAAAAAAAAAUGUGAAACUUUCAAGUAUAAUGCCAAACCAGAUGUGAGUGGUGUUCAUAUUAUUGUAGCUUUAUUACUCUGUUGUCUGUGUAUUAGAUGACUGUUGAUGUGAAGCACAAACCCUUGGAGAUCAGCCAUCACUUGAAAGCCAAUGACUGGACGUCUAUGGUUGUGACUACCUUUUAUGGAUGGAGUGUUAACCUCUCACUGUUACACGUGGUCCGUUCACUGCUCCAGCAUAUUCAGGAAUCAGAGCUCCCCGCGAGGAGCCACAGACCACCUUGUGAAGAGACUGGAAAUCUUUACCUUUCAGGAAAAAUGAGAAAAGGUGAAUCAGUGGCAUUGAGCAAUAAGUGCACUGAAUCAGAGGCCACUGUUACUAAAAUGAAAUGAUUUGAUUUGGGGAUUACCGCAUUCAAUCACUAACUAAAGGAAAUAACACAGAUGUGCGAUUAGAGAUUAAGAGACGCAAAUGCCACUUCACGCCACACAAUGAUCCUAUUCUGAAGAUGCUGCAUUGCCAUGAUGAUUUCAAGUGUGUAUGUAUCAUGUUGUCAGAAUAGAAAAGCAAAGUAUAUAUACAAAAAAAAAAAAAAAAAAAAAUGACCCAGAACCUACUGUGAACUGUAGGAUUUAUGUCAGUGUUGCUGGUCUUUACCUCUUCCUGUCACUCCUGCCUCACCAGUCCAAGAACAGCAGAGUGUAUCUGAACUGGCAGAAACUAUUAUUGACCUGUUUAUGCUCAUUAAGUAGACUGAAUCUUACUGCAUAGCUAUGACCAAGUAGAAAACCAUAUUCUAUACUGUUAUUAUACUGUACAGAGAUUUGAGCUAUUUUAUUCUUACAGUCGAUAAUUAAACAGCACCUCGCUCAUUUUCUUCUUGCAUGAACGCUGUGUAUUCCUAUUACCCCCGGUCUCUAAAUGUAAUACUAGCCAUGCUUUUCAUUUUGUAUUGUCCAAAGUGUAUUUUUGGAGCCAGAUGAAUCAAAGCAAUGUUCUCCAUGUCCCUGCUGUGCACUGUUUAUAAUGUAAUAACAAUAAAAACCCUCUUCUAACUAGGCAUAGGGAUAGCUCUGCAAUGCUCGGCAACGGAAAACGUGUGCAGGUAAAAACUGAAAUAUCCAUAAUUACACUCAAUUACACUUCAAUGAUUCUAAAAUGCUUAGUGAGACUUGCAGUCAAGUACAAAAUGUGCCUUUAAGACUGGUUCUUACUGGUGACGCCGAGAUAUUCACGCUCAUGUGGAGAACUGGAGUUGCUUCAUCUUCCUCCAUGUGCUCUAUGUGCAUUUUAUUGUAGAUAAUGUGAUUUUAACUCUGAGCUGUACAAUAAAUAGUUAUUACACUUAA